CCCUACACUUUUCCUCCACUGACACAGGCGAACUUGAAUCUAAAUUUCGUAUUACAUUUCGUAUACACCAUAUCAGUCAAAAACUCCAUACAUUUUUCGUUUCACUCACACAAGCCAAUUCGAAUCUGAAAUUUCGUAUUCUCUCUCCUCUACCUCGUGCUCGAAUUGCAGAAGCUCGUUCCAGCUCAGAGACGGGCCUGUGGGUUCUGAUUCGGAAACAAUCAAGAAUUUGACAAUAUUGGUUGAAGUAACGAUGACAGAGUAUUGGGUGAGCCAGGGCAUGAAAUGGUGUGACUUUUGCAAAAUAUUCAUAACGGACAAUCCCACGACGAUUAGGAAUCAUGAACUAGGGACGCGUCACAAGGAAAAUGUAACCAAGCGUCUUGCUGAUAUGCGCACAGAGAAGGCUGCAAAGGAGAAGCAAGAAAAAGAAGCUGCGCGUACCUUGCAGCAAAUUGAAGCUAAAGCUAUACGCAGCUAUCAGAAAGAUAUAGCAUCUCAAGAGACCAAGCAGUCGCAAGCCCCUGCUGAUUUUCGACCUGGUGACACAGCUUGGGAAUACGACAGCUCUUCGGGGUACUAUUAUGAUGAAAAUAGUGGCAUUCAGUAUGAUCCAAAGUCUGGUUUCUACUAUUCUGGUGAUCUAGGUAAGUGGGUGACACAGGAGGAGGCAUUUGCAGCUGCUAAGAACUCUGGCUCCAAAGAAAAGUUCCCUUUGAGCAGGCCAUUGUUAGCUUCUACAUCAGGUCAACGUACUGAGAAGAAAAAUGGUGCAAAUUUGCGAAGUGGGGGUGCACCUGGGCCUGUUGUUUCGGGGUCUUUGAAUCCCACAAGAUCAAUAAAAGGUGCUUCUUCAUCACUUGCUGUUGGAAAGAAGAAGAAGCCGUACGAUAAGCCAAAGGCUGUACCUGCUGGAGAAUCAGAUGCACUGAAAGCAAGGGAGGCGGCCAGGAAGAGAGUGGAAGAGAGAGAGAAGAGCUUGCUUGGGCUCUAUGGAAAUUGAUGUUAACAAAGUAGAAACAGAAGCUGUUUCCUCUUGACGACAAACAUCACUUCAGAUUUUGAACCUGUGACGGAGAUUUUCUGAUAUCAAGUUUUAGUUGGCAAAAGGUAAUUUGCUCCUUUGUCUUCUCUUUAUUAUCUCCAUCAUUGGCACUGACCUCGCAAUAUAAUCGUCAUGUUACUGUAUAGUUUGUAAACCAUCUCUUUGAAUGUAUUGCAUUUGUUGAUCUAUGUCUGGAAGCUCACUUGAAGUCUUUGUUUGGUAUUUCACUCAAGAGCUGGAUAAGAUUUGCUUUGCUACUUGCUACAAAAAAAAAAAAAAUUGAUGGACCUGGUUGUAAUAUCUAAUCCUUUAUAGAAUUCUUUGAGUUUGGCUCGA